CACAGGCUUUCCACCCCUAUAUAUUGCCACUUCAUCACGUGAUCUUACACAAAUGCACAUAACUAUUUAAGUAAUAUUUUAAUACGUAGAUCUGCCACUUUGGAUCGUUAAGGAUCACCAAAGAAGAUUUAAAGAUAAAAUUGCACGUCUAAGAACAUAGACAGAGGCAUUGGAAUGGCAAUGUUUAAGCCAAAGAUGAACCCAGAAUAUUCUCAUGUCCAUUCAGAGAAUUUUGAUUUGUUCCUAUCGCCAAAUGUGGGAAGGUUGAAAGACAUUUUCAACAAAUAUCUUGAUGAAUGGGAUUUUAAAACAAAAAUCAAUCUUGCAGAUUUCGGAACAAAUGACGGAAAAAAUAUCUUUCCGUUUCUAAGGAUAAUGAUCGAACUCAUUCGACAAAGAUCGGCAUCGUGUGAAAUAUGUGUAACAUUGAAUGAUCAACCCACAAAUGAUUUUUCCGCUUUGGUUAAGAAUGCAGAAGAUUUUAAAAAAGAGAUGAAGGACGACUUCUUAGCAGUACACACUAUUCCUGGAAGCGCAUACCACCGCUGUUUACCUGACGAAACCAUCGAUAUUGGAACCUGUUCAUUGAUGUUGCACUUUCUUUCUGAGUAUGUUGUACUUGAAAAUGCAUUGAUGUACGUUCCUGGUCUAUUGGUAAGUGACGAAGAAACAACAAAGGUUAAGAGUUUAGCUGCAGAGGAUUUGAAAAAUUUCAUCCGGGCCAGACUCACUGAAAUGAAAAAAGGUGCAAUUUUUUUCGUGAACAUUCCCACUGACCCUCUGGUGUUACAUGAAAUGUGUUCAUCUACGUUUUAUCAACUUUACCAAAGAAAUGUCAUAUCAAAGGAGGAAUUGAGGAAUACAUUUGUCCCUACCAAUAACGCACGAACGGAGACUGACGUAAAAACAGCAUUUGUGGAAAUAGGGAAGUAUAAUGGUGCGGAACUUCUGCAUUUUACACAUAGAAGAGUCAAAAUGUAUCAGAAUAAGGACCUAGUAAAAUGCGUGAGAGCAUGGAUUAUUCCUUGUUUGAUGGCCGGACUAUGUCAAACAAGAAGCAACAACGACGCUGCAGAUGUGUGUGAAUUGUUUUUUCAGGAUCUAAGAGGUCGACUCUCUGACGUGAAAUGUGUGAACUAUAAAAUUUAUGAAGUGAUUUUUCAGAAACUGUAACCAUUUGCAAAAGAAGCACAAGGAAACUUAACGUCUUUAGCAACUUAAGCAUCAAAUUAAAGGAGUAGUUCUUGGCAUAUUAAUAAUACUUGAAGAAUGAUUCCUUAUUUCUUCAACAUUAGCUCAGUUUAAAUCACCAUUAUGUAGACAGUACUCAAAGUACGAUGAACAAUAAUAUUAAUUUGCCGCUUGAAUUGUGAAUUUAAAUUUGGUAGUUUAUUAGUGAGUGUCUGGUAAGUUUUGUUAUGAAUUAAAAGGCAUGCGAUCCUGCUUGAAAUAAUGUAUAAUCAGACUCCACAUGUAGAAAGCAUAACGUUCUCAGUUUAAAACAAAAAUUUUGUUAUGUAGGUAUUUCAAUUAACUUUGAUAACAGUACUAGACCUUUAGUUUGGCAUCAAUCUUUUUUAUAUAAUAUUUCAUAAAUAUUAUAAAUAAUUUCGUUUUUACACAA